UACCUGUCUGGGGGUGAUUGUGUGGAUUUCUUCUGCUAAAAAAGAACGCGUUCAAUUCUGAAAGUAGGCAAAUGUCCGGCUUGCAAAUUCUGGCAUUUCUCAGUGGCCUCGGAGGACUUGGGGCCACGAUUGGCGCCACAGUGUCCAAUGAAUGGAGGGCCACCAGCCGGGCGUCGUCAGUCAUCACGGCCACAUGGGUGCUGCAAGGGCUGUGGAACAACUGUGCUGGGAACGCCAUCGGAGCUCUGCACUGUAGGCCGCAUCACACUAUCUUGAACCUGGACGGCUACAUCCAAGCCUGCAGGGGAUUGAUGAUCGCUGCAGUUUGUCUGGGCUUUUUUGGGACCAUAUUUGCUCUGGUGGGGAUGAAAUGUACCAAAAUAGGAGGAAGUGACAAGAGCAAAGCCAGGAUCGCAUGCUUUGCCGGUGUCAGUUUUAUUCUCAGUGGUCUGUGUUCACUUUCAGCAUGCUCUCUCUAUGCCCACAGGAUAACGUCAGACUUUUUCAACCCAAUGUUUGUGGCACAGAAGUAUGAGCUGGGAGCGGCACUCUUCAUCGGCUGGGCAGGUUCUGUCCUCUGUGUUCUUGGAGGAGGUGUGCUCUGUUUCUCUGUGGCAGACUGUUUCAAGAAAAGCCAUACAGACUAUACCUACAAAGGCGCCGCCUCACAUUCUCAUAUCUCGUCACACCAAAGAGGAAAGUCUAUAAGCCAGCGGCCACCUCCUGACUACAGCAGCUCCUCCAGGGCCCCCAACUUUGAUAAGAACGUGUACGUGUAAAUGAUGUGAAUAUUAAUAAACCACCGGUGAGUCCUGUGAGAUACUGUAAAGAAAAGAUAACGGCACGCCACGGGAAACGUGUUUGUUGAACACCGGGUGAAUUAGUUACUGCAUAGAGUCGCUACCCAAGUGCAACAAAAAUUACUUUGCUUGUUUUCUGGUAAAAUUCUUCUUUCUCAGAAAGGUUUUUUUUUUUUUUUAAUUCAAAUAGCAACAUAAAUAUCCGGUAUAUAUUAAGUAUAAGAUAUAGGCCUUUCAAGAUAAUCAAUAAAUCAAUUAAUCGCACGAUAAAUAAAAACAAAGUCGCUAAUUU